ACACAUCUUAUUCUAGAGCCCGCGCCAAUCCAACGACUCCGACGCGUGCACGCUGAACCAAUUGUGAUGAUCUUGUGAUUUAUUUAAACCGACACCCGAAUUUGUGAUCUACAGGCAUCUCUUACCCCGAAAGUAUUCCUUCCGCGGGGGGGAAAAAAUGAGUGAUACAAAAGUGAAAUUAAAAAAUGUGAUAUGAAAAUCCUACCCUUGUGAUUCGAGCUCUCGGACCUUGUGAUAGAACUGAAGAUACUUGUGAUACCCCUCGACUGACUUAGCUACUAAAAAAAAAAGAUGUUACUGAACCUGGUAGAUAUGCCGGAAGUGGCGAGAACUUUUCUGAGUUAUCUCCUCGUCUUCGUCCUCCUCGUACCGCACACCGUUAGUGAUAAGCAGCUACCGAACAGUAUACAGAAGAGGCACUUCCAGGAUAACCUGGACCAGUCGGAGGAGUUCCCUCAGCCCACGCAGCAGUCGGGCUGCAGCAGCUGCAAGAUGCGGGAGGAGAUCAAGAUCAGGAACCUGGAGAUGAUCAAGGGUGAGAUCUUAAGGCGGAUGGGGUUCCAGCAAGCCCCUAAUAUUACGGGGAAAGAACUGCCCCAGAUCCCCUCCAGGUAUCUGGCGAUGGUGGAUCCCGAGUACGGCAUGCAGAGCGACGAACCCCAUCAGUUCAAGACUGGAUUCUCCGUUACCGAGGAAGAGGAUGAGUUCCACGUCAAGACGCAGAAGGUCAUCACCUUCGCACAACCAUAUCCAAGACUGAGGCACAAAAGCCACGACAUCCUCCACUUCACCUUCUCCGACAGCAUAACGAAGUUCCACGUCAGCAACGCCACCCUCUACGUCUUCAUCAAGGGCGCGGAGCGGCGGCCGUUGCCCGACGUCCUCGUCGAGGUGUUCAAGGUGAAGAAGAUCACCGAACACCCCGACCCGCCCGGUUUCACCAGGGUCUACUCGAGGAAGGUGACCCAGCCGUUCGGCAGGGGCGAUUGGGUGAAGAUCGACUUCACGGAGACGGUGUCCGAGUGGUUCAAGGGUCCCAGGGACAACCACGGCUUCGUGGUGAACGCGACCGCCAACGGGAAGAAGGUGGCUGUGACGGACACCAACGCCGAUAAGGGAAAGAAA